GAUACUAGCAUUGACUAUAUGUAAGUUACAAGAUGCACUGGAUGACGUUAUGUAUUCUCGCAGUUGUCAUUAUAAUAUAUCAACUGGUAGGAGGGGCAAUAUUUAUGGCUCUAGAGAAGGACACCGAGGAGGAAAUUUCUGUCUCACAAUCUGCAAAAUUUUCCCAGUUUCUAACUGACAACACCUGUGUGACAUCUAGUGAAUUAUCAGAUUUCGCGGCUGCUGUUAUAGAAGCAUACGACUCCGGUGUCAUAGCAACCUCGGACACGUCCAGCUCUAGUAACUGGGAAUAUGGACCGUCUGUGUUUUUCUCAACAACAGUAAUAACAACAAUAGGUUAUGGGCACAUAUCCCCAACUACUACAGGAGGUCGCGUAUUUUUUGUUUUCUACGCAAUCAUUGGCAUUCCUUUAACUGCGUUAUUUCUUUCUGCCAUUGGUGAAAGAUUGGCCACUCCAUACAAGAAAUUGGAGGCAAAAAAAUUCUUUCCAAAAUAUCCAAAGAGUGAAGCUGUCGGAAAGAGGGCAUUAUUUGCCACUAUAUGUUUUGUGUUAUUUUCGUUGAUACCAGCGGCUAUAUUUAAAGAGGUAGAAGGUUGGACGUACCUGGAAGCCUGGUAUUAUACCAUGGUAACUCUUACUACUGUAGGCUUCGGUGACUACGUACCAGGUCAAACUGAAUCGGACGCUCGUGGGUUGUACAAGGUUAUGGUUUGUUGGUGGAUAUUUUUCGGCCUGGCUUGGCUUUCUAUGUUGAUAAGUCUUAUAGGAGACUUCUUUAAAGCUCAGUCCAGUAAAGUAGACGAAGCCGAGGACAAAAAAGAAAACAAGAACAGUAGUAAAAAUAAAGAUGACAAGGAUGUUACUGUUCUCACUGAAGUAUCUUGAUUAAGUUCUUAUUGAUGGUAUUGUUAUCCUUUCUCAAGAGAACAAUAGGCAGUACGUCACAAAACGGGGUUACAUGUACAAUGUUAUUUUUCUUAACCAUCAUAUAAACUUAAAACACUUUUCUAGAAAAACGUUACCUUUCUCGAUUCCGUUUUAUACAAAAUGUAUUUUAAUUGUGACACAAAUGAUUCGUGUAAAGGUAGUGUUCCUGCUUCUCGUUUUUGUUUGUGGUUGUUUGUUAUGGCAUAAAUAUGCUUUUCAACACUUUAACAAAAUUAUUUUCUAAAUAAACUGUUGAUGAAUGACAUUUAUAAACUGGUUUAUAUUUGUUAUAAAU